UCCUGUGUCUCACUGUACUGACGACGAACACGUGAUGGAGGACAGACGAACAGAGCAGGCUGUGGUGAUAGCAGAUGAUUGGCCCGGUUACGCCUUAGAGCUGUUCGCAUAUCCGGAGCAUUACCGUGGCGAUGUGGAGAGUGUGUACAUCCCCCAUGGCAUCAUCAUGAACAGGAUUGAGUGUUUAGCCAAAGAUAUCCUGGAGAACCUGGGUCAUGAUAACCUGAUGGUUCUGUGUGUUCUGAAAGGAGGCUAUAAGUUCUGCGCUGACCUGGUGGACGCCGUUAAAGCCCAGAGCCGGAGCUUUGAUCAUCCCAUCACCACCCGGGUGGAGUUCAUACGCCUCAAGAGCUACCUGAAUGACCGCUCCACUGAAGACCUGCACAUCAUCGGCCCUGAGGAUCUCUCCAUGCUGACGGGAAAAAAUGUCCUGAUUGUUGAAGCCAUCGUGGACACGGGGAGGACCAUGAAGAUGCUCCUGCAACAUGUGGAGAAGUUCCAGCCCAAGAGUGUCAGAGUGGCCAGCUUGCUGCUUAAGCAGAUUCCUGGCGGAGCUGCAACGCUUCCAGACUACAUUGGGUUCAUCAUCCCCGAUCGCUUUGUUGUUGGUUACGCUCUGGACUACAACGAAUACUUCCGAGACCUGAAUCACAUCUGUGUGAUCAGUGAAACGGGGAAGCUGAAGUAUAAACUGUGAGAAACAGACGUGUUUUCUGGGUUUCUUCUCGUCUCACGACACGGAAAUCUCAUUGUGGACGUUUGUGGAAUUUUGUGUAAAAGGUCAUUAACUGUGAACUAAAAUUUUAGUUGAGUUAAAUUUAAUACUAAAAUGACUCACACUGGAACUCAGAGUUAAGAGCUAUUCAGAGGUUAUGUGAGUUAUUCAUGCAGGGGGCGGAGUUUGUCUAAAACGGAGGCGUGUUUCAGUUUCGUAUGAUUCAGAUCUUGGACUUGAGAG